AUGUUCCGCCAAUUAGCGCAUCGAGGUGUACAGGCACAGCGACAAGCGAACGUGAGAAACAUAUCGAAGAGCAUCGCAAAGAGCCAGGGCUUGACUGCACACAGGACAGGCAGGCUUGCAGUGGCUGGAGCCACAUCGAUGCUCCUCGUGCUCGCCUACUACAGCCACAAUGCAGAUGCAGAUACCAUCAGAUUAGACACCCCCAACACCCCGACAAAGCCCAUCCUGGCCGGCGUAUUACAAGACCUCGAAUCACACUUGAGCAAAGACAGCGAUACCGGGGUGAAGUUCCCUAAUGAGGUUGCGAGUGUACACGACAGCGGAGCGCUCAAGCUGCUUGGCUUGGGUGUGCGUACCGUCUCUUUCCUCAGUAUACGCGUGUAUUCGCUGGGUAUAUACGCCGAGGAGAGCGCACACUCAGCAUUGUCUGCCGUGGAGAACGUCAAGGAGAAACUCACCAGGACAGCCUCGCAGGAUAGCGACAUGGUUGGCGAGAAACUUAUGGAGAGGCUGAUCACCAGCCCAUACACAUUUGCAGUCAGGAUCGUGCCCGUGCGCAACACAGACUUUGGCCACCUCAGAGAUGGAUUCGUCCGCGCUGUUCAGGCGCGUAUGAAGACAUCACAGCUGGGCGCUGAGGAGUCGCAGCAAGUCAACGAGUCGCUGCAGACUUUCAAGUCAUUUUUCCCUCCAAGCAAGGUACCAAAAGGCGAUGAACUGACUUUGACAAAGACAAGGAGUGGCGACUUGGUGUUGUCGUACAAGGGAGACACACUGGGACGACUGGACAGCAAAUCAGAAGGCGUCAAGUUCAUCUCCACGCAGCUCUUGCUGGCGUACUUUGCAGACAAGAACCCGAUCUCACCCAAAGCCAAGGCGAGUGUUAUAAAUAGACUGUAG